CCCAGUGCUCUUCAGUCUCCACUCUCCCUUCUCACCGCAGACUGAACGUCACGUCCGCACUUGAACUUGAGUUUUCUCCCAUUGUAGGAGCCAGAGAGCCGCACAGAGCCGCACAUAGCCGCAAACAGCCCGGGGAUGCGGGACUCUGCAGCUAGCACAAAGAGAAGAGAGGGUGGUAGUCUAUCCUCAAACCAGCACUGGGCUUUGACUCAAAGAGUUAAAGUCUAACCCGCCCGCCUGGCUGGCACUGCCAGUGCAGCACAAGAAGUGCCCACCACUUGGCGACAGCUCCAGAGUGCCGAGAAGAAAAUUGGAUUCCUAUUUUGCACACUUUCAGACGUUAAUUGGCAUCAAGUCACCUGCUUUCUCCGGACAGGGACGCGCGGUGUUCAGGGUGGCCGGAGAGUGGACACAAGUAGUCACUGACCAUCAGGAGGUGACCGCCGACCUCCCGCGUUUUGCCGUCCGUCCCGUCCGCUCCACUCCUUUCAUUGAUCCGCACUCCUCUGACAAAUGGUGUGAAAGCGGUGGAAGACAGAGCCGGACUAUCCCUCUCCCUCACCACCACCGCAACUGAAGAGGCGCGCAACCACUUUGGCAACGAACUCCGACUGAGCGCUCGGCCGCCCAGCGCUGCGCAACGGCCGGUCACCGCAGAGCGCAGGAGCCGCUGCCAGUUGGAGGGAGAUCCGACGCAUAGGGGUCAGUUCGACGGCCACAUUAGGGGCCAGAGCAGAGCGGUCAGUUUGGGGUGGCCAGCGAGCGGCAGGUUUUGGGGCCAGUCAGUAUACAGAAGCAGCAGGAGGAGGAGAGCCGACCCUUCCAGCGCCGCUCUCCGGGCGAUGCCAGUGUAAAUGCCAGGGCGAUGUCCCGACGCAAGCAGGGGAACCCGCAGCACCUGUCCCAGAGAGAAAUAACACCGGAGGUUGAGCUUCCAGAUGGCCGCCUGUUCUCCGACUCCUUACCCCCCCACCCACUCGGCCUGCCCUCCCACCCACUUGGCCUACCUCCCCACCCGUUGGACCCUAGUCUGGCCCACACCCUGCCACCUGGCCUCCACGCAGACCACGACCUGCUGACCUGUGGCCAGUGUCAGAUGACCCUCCCACUAGGCGACAUCCUCCUCUUCAUUGAACACAAGAAGAAGCAGUGCCAAACACCGCUGCUAGCCAAUGGCUGCUACGACAAGAUGACCGACCGGGGAGGAGGCGGUGGGAGUCCGACUUUGCAGAACCUUCAUCACCAUGCGCAGCGGGGGGAGCUGAGGAAGGUGGUGGAGCCGGUGGAGAUCGGUAUCCAAGUGACACCAGAGGAGGAGGAGGUGGGAGGAGGUGAGAGGGGAGAGAGGAUGCCCACCAAAGGGAUUUGCACCAAGCAGGAAAACACACCGGCAGGUGGCAGGGAUGAGCCUUCCAGCUACAUAUGUACCACAUGUAAGCAGCCAUUCCCCAGCGCCUGGUUCUUGCUGCAGCAUGCCCAGAACACCCAUGGUAUUCGCAUAUAUCUGGAGUCCAACCACUCCAGCACAGCCCUCACUCCACGCAUCACUAUGCCCCCACCCAUGGGCAAUGACUCCAUCCCACAGUCUCCCCUCACCAACUUUCUUGGCGACAACAACCCCUUCCAUCUCCUGAGAAUGACGGGCCCCCUGCUCCGGGAGCCUCCCCCAGGCUUCCUGGAGAACCGCCUCCCCAACACACCUCCAUUUGUCAGCCCACCUCCCCGGCACCACUUGGACCCCCAUCGGCUGGAACGCCUUAGUGCAGAGGAAAUGGGUCUCAUCUCCCAGCACCCCAGUGCCUUUGAGAGGGUGAUGCGUCUAACGCCCAUGGCCAUGGAGUCCCAGUCCAUGGACUUCUCUAGAAGGUUACGUGAGUUGGCAGGGAACACCAACAGUACCACACCACCACUGUCACCCAGCAGGGCCAACCCUAUGCACCGACUACUAAACCCCAACCCUUUUCAGCCUGGGCCUAAAUCACCCUUUCUAAGCACCCCUCCCUUACCACCGAUGCCCCCAAACAGCACCACCCCUCCUCAGACACAGAACAAGAUCAAGUCCUGUGAGUUUUGUGGUAAGACCUUCAAGUUCCAGAGCAACUUGGUGGUGCAUCGGCGCAGCCAUACUGGAGAAAAACCAUACAAGUGCCAGCUGUGUGACCACGCCUGCUCUCAGGCAAGUAAGCUGAAGCGCCACAUGAAGACCCACAUGCACAAGGCUGGGUCCCUGACGGGGCGCUCAGAUGAUGGACUGUCUACCACAAGCUCCCCAGAGCCAGGCACCAGUGAUGUCACAGGUGAGGGCAUGAAGAAUCGUGAUGGGGACUUCCAGGGUGAAGGCAAUGAGGAAGAAGAAGAGGAGGAGGAAGAAGAGGAACUUGAGAAUGAGAGUCGACCAGAGUCCAACUUCAGCAUGGAGUCUGAGUUCUACCGGAACCGGGAGAAUGGCUCUAAACCACCCUCAGAGGAGAAGUCAUCAUUUGCCCUUGAAAAGAUGGUGGAAGGUGGGGGGCUCAACUCUAUACAGCAGUACAAUAAUUUGAUAGUUGACAAUCGUAAAAGGAUGCCCUUCUCCAAGAGGUGCUCAGAUGGCCAGCGGGACACUGGGGAUGAGGACUCAGUGGCUGGGGAGAUGGACCACCACCAGCAGGAAGAGAGGACAACCAUUAAUGGCCGGAAUUGUGGCUCCGGUGACUCUUUUUCAGGCCUCUUUCCCCGUAAGCCCACCCCCAUCACUAGCCCCAGCCUGUCCAACUCCUCAAAUAAGAGGAUCAAGAUUGAGAAAGACUUGGACAUUCCCCCAGCACCCCAUAUACCCUCUGAGAACGUCUACUCCCAGUGGUUGGUGGGCUAUGCUGCCUCACGCCACUUCAUCAAAGACCCUUUUCUAGGCUUCACUGACUCAAGACAAUCACCCUUCGCCACCUCCUCUGAGCACUCGUCCGAGAAUGGCAGUCUCCGAUUCUCAACGCCUCCGGGUGACUUGCUGGAUGGCGGCCUGUCAGGCCGCAGCGGCACUGCCAGUGGAGGCAGCACACCUCAUCUGGGUGGGGGCCCCGGUCCUGGCCGACCCAGCUCCAAGGACAGCAGGAGGUGCGACACCUGCGAAUUCUGCGGCAAGGUGUUCAAGAACUGUAGCAACCUGACGGUGCACCGGCGCAGCCACACAGGCGAGAGGCCCUACAAGUGUGAGCUGUGCAACUAUGCCUGCGCCCAGAGCUCCAAGCUCACGCGCCACAUGAAGACACAUGGCCAGCUUGGUAAGGAGGUCUACCGCUGUGACAUUUGCCAAAUGCCCUUCAGUGUGUACAGCACUCUAGAGAAACAUAUGAAAAAGUGGCAUGGAGAACAUUUGAUGACCAAUGAGGUCAAAAUUGAACAAGCAGAGAGAACCUAAACCAGGGUCUCUGUUUCCACACUCUGCGCCACACUUUGACUUAAAAAAAUAACAAAAUGGGGUAGCUGGAUACUCUUUUUCUGAAAUAUUAAUUUUGGGUUAGUUUUUGUGUUUUUAAGAAACUGCCAACUGAGAAAAAAGUGAAAACAGAUCUUAAAACCAAUUGAAGCUGUCUAAACUGCCUCAUUUGGGGUUCAUUUUUAAACAAUCAGUCAGUUGAGUUAUAACAUAUGUGGAGCCUUUAACUGUGCAAUAAUUUCUGUAUUUAUUGAAUUUUGUAUUUUGGCAUGUGCAGGUACAUUUUUAUUUAGACGUUUUUUAAAAUUAGUUUUACUUUGAUUUUGCAUUGCGUUUAAGAAACCCACAAUAUCCUGAGAGUUUUUUACAGAGACGAAAGCAAAUUUUAAGUAAUCUUUUUUGGCCGCUGCUUGUAGGAAAUUGUAUAUUAAGCUAAAUGUGUGAUUUCUUGAAGAGAAGCUGAAUUCAAUCUUCGAUUUGAAAGUGGCGUUAACUGAGAAUGCUAGAAUUAGUCUAUUUUGUGUGAUGACGAUACGCGGACAACAAUCCUUUGGCAUUGUAGCAUGAACUGACUCUAAAACAUGUCAAUAUAAUUGGAUAUGUAGCACUGAGUGUCAUAUUUGACAGUAAAUCUAAAAUCAAAGAAGAUCACAAGGUUUAUAAACCCUGUCUCCUCCUGAGAACACCAUUACCAGCCAGAAGAAACAGAUUCUAGAUAAGGCAGCUGCUGACUGGUACAUAGUACCAAGCCCCGACGACGCUACGACAACCAUCCCUCAUUUCCUUUGCUUUCCACACACCCACUUACUAAAAUCUUACCUACAUUAAUACAUCCAUGUUUUCUAUUUUGCAUGAAGCCAUAUGAUCUAGGCUAUAUUAUUUAUUAGGAGUAAACUGAGCAUGAAGCCAUGCAAGAUAAGCAUGCAUAGAGAUAGAAAGGAGAACGAGACAAGAGAGUGAGCACAGGGACAUCUCAGGGUGAGCUAUACUACUUUCCUUUAUUGGCCCAAAUCAUUCCUAUGUUUCCAGAAGCUUCCAUUUCCAUUUAAUCAUAUGUUGCCCCCCCCAGGCUAAUGUCAAGCGUAAUCCUCAUUUCAAAGUGAUUAUAAUAAUUUAUAUUUGAAGCCACUGCUUCUAAUUCUAACAUUUAAGAGAGAUGGUUAACUUUACUGGAUUUCUGCAGAAAUUCUCAGAUUUUAUGCUCAAAAUCUAUAAAAAUCCAUAUCCCUAUGCAUUUUUUGUGCUAAAAUAUCUAACAAUUUGUUAAAAAGUGGUACAGUAAAAUUUGACUUCUAUUAUUAUAGUAUAAUAGUUAUCAUCUGAUUGAUGAAGUCACCUCUCCAGGAAUAGGAAUCCUGCAUUCCAAGUUUCACUGUUAGUUUUGUGACAGUUGUGUAGAAGAGGAAAAAUAUACCAGUGUGUGCUGAAAUACUAAGACUAAUAGUAAGACAAGCAGUAUCAGUUUGCUCCAUGCCCGUUAUUUAAAAAAAUAAAUCAUAACCCAAGGUUUUCUUUUGGCCCCAUCCACCUCAUAGUGGCACUUUUUAAUUUUUAAAUCAGAUCUGAAUUGAAUGCUAUCAAUGUUCAAAUUCAGAGCUCUUAAUAACAGACCCGCACUUUAUGAUUUUUCCGUCCGACACACACACACAGAGCUGGACAGAGAAGGUACUAAAGGGUCUAGAGCUUGGGAUCUCCUGACGCUGAUGUGCCAAGGGUUGUUAGCAAGGCUUUCCCAAUGCUGGCACUAUAAAAUUGAAAAGAAAAAAAACAAAAACAAAAAAAAACAACAAUUUUAGUUGGGACAGUUUUGUACUGCCAUUCAAUUUGACAUGAGUGUGCCUUGAAUAAUGAUCUUCCUAUUUAUUGUCUCAGACAAAUGCAACACUUUUUAUGAUGCAUCAAAUUGAACAAGAAAACAAAAGGUAAAAUUGUGUUCACUUUAACGUGUAAUUUGACCUUUAAACAGAAUUAUUUAAAUUAAUAGAAAUGAAACAAUGCUGAGUUUAGGUUUAGGAGUACCCAGCACAAUAUCAAUGUGUCUGUGUGUGUAUAUAUGUAUGCAUAUGUACAUAUAAAGGCACAAACCUAUAUAUAGAUAUAUAUCAAAUUCCUCACUCAUAAGGACAAGAGUCUGUCCCUCAACAGAAAAUUCCAGGAGUGGACAAAAGCCACACAAAAUGUAAAGGAAGACUCAACAAAAAUCAGGAAAUGCAGAAACUUAAAAAAAGAAUUUAGUGCACUCUGUCUUAAAAUAAGUUUACAGUAUUGAAACAAGUACAAGGGUAAAAUAAUAUUUGUGUGUAUGUGUGUUUUAAACAAAUGAGUAUUUUUUUCCCCAGGUUUGCUUCUAAAGUUUCUCUGAAUGCCGUAGUGGCGAUGUGUAUAUUGUUUCUUUUCUUUUUCUUUUUCUUUUUUUUUUUUGGUGACGGGGUUUUAGUAUAUAUAUAAAUAUAUAUGAAUAUAUAUUACAUUUUUCUUGUUUACUGUAAAAGUAUACCAGUAUUUGUAAUAUUGGAGAAUGCCUGGGCAUUUUACAAAAAUAGAAAAACUUUGUUUUUUAUUUUUUAUUUUGCAGUCCAAUUUAAAUUGUGGGUCUGUUAAACUGUUUCUGUCACUGUAACUGUAAAAGUCUUAAGUUUUAGUAACUUUUAUUCUGCCUUGGGUGUAAUAAAAUAAAAAAUAAACAAAUUAAAAAAUGACUGAGCUGUAACAAACUUGGAUUUGGUGGUGGGGUGGCUGUUGGGCUGGGGGUGGGUGCUCCCUUAGCAGAUGGAGGUUUUCUCCCAUAGAAACAACAGAACGCUGAUUCUGCUUUUCAGGAAAAACACACUGAGAAUCCUGACUUGUAUCUAUUUUUCUUCUUUUGGAAUGGAUUAUUCUUCAUGGAUGGUUUGAAAUACAUGUGUAGGCACUUGCUGUCUUUCCUAAGGAGCUUGUCUUUUUUUUAACUUGUAGGCUAUGUACAUCCUUAUGUGAAUAGGGUACUUGGAGUACCUCAGGACGUCUUGCUCUUAUAUCGGGUGCAGGGGGAGGGUGACUACAUUCCAAUGACAAGACACAACUCACAGGCUGUCAUGAUGUAUUUUUCCUCUCAUGGGGCUGGACAAAUAACCUGAUGAAUUUGUACUGUUGUAAUAAAUCACAUUGUACAGAAGGGUAUCAAGAGGUUCUUCAACAAUCAAUUUUAGUGACAAAUCACAAGUCGAUGUUUGGUUUACCGCUCCAUUGGUUGUAUAUACUUUUCUAUGACUCAUUUUGUUUGAUUUUUUUUUCUUAUUUGUUUGGGAUUUCUAACUGGCACUGGCAGUGACUUCCUGUGUCUAGGGUAGCGUUGGGUGGGGUGGGGGGGUUAUUCUGUUUGACCUUUGUGACCUCCAUGUCAGUUUUCAGGCACACGCCUCCCCCAUUGAUAUUUCUCGGCAUGAGAACAGAGCACAAAUACAAGCUGUUACAAUUCUUCAUCCUCUGCCUGUUUGUCUCAUUUUAUUCUUUGAGCAAGUCGGACAGAAAGGGACUAUGGAAACACACUGAUAAUGCGAAAAUAUCAUUCACACAAUCUUGUGUAAGGUUUACUUUUGAAAACACAGGCUGCAUAUUAGCUACAAACACAUUUACUGCUGAUGACACUGACAAAAAAACCUAUCAUCAUAUGAACACCCGCCAAUCACAGAAAUGCUGCGAUAACAAAGAAGAAAACAACCUGAAGCAGUACUAUAUUCCAUCCCUUUAAUGCUUUUUAAAACUCAUAGAAAAUCGUUGGGGCUCAGAUAAAACCUUGAAAGCUACUGAUUUCCCAUCAGCAGCACCUCUUUAAAACAAACUAAUCCAGUAAAGUUGCAUUUCAUCGUUUUCUGAUGAUAACAGACUUUUGUCAGCCACUUCCUGAUACUUUUUUGUUUUUUAACGUUUAUAUUGGCUCUCCCUCCACGUCCUUCCAAAAUCCUUCAAAAUCAGAUCAAUCCUUUAUUCAAUGACAGCUUGCAUUAGAUUUACAAUAACAAUAACAAUAAACAACAAAAAAGCAGCUUUGGGAUGACGUUGAGAGAAUGUAAUUUUGAUAUGUAAUAAUGUUUGAUGCAGAGGGGAGGGGCUGGGGGCGGGCUUUUUUUGGAGUAGGGAUGUAAUGCUGUUUGUGAUGUCACUUUAUUUAAAUACAUGAACUGACUCUUAUAGGUUGUUCUCUAUGAUGUCACUGAGGUGUGGCCAGUGGACACCAUUGGCUGGUUACAGUAAACAUGACAUUCAGA